GUCACCAUGAUGAGGCCACACACUUCCUCUCGCCUCGCCUCGCUCGCCCGCCGCUCCCUCGUGUCCGCCGCGACCUCGCCAGCCGCGGCAGCAGGAGCGCACGCUGCCCCCGCGGCCCCGCGCGCGGCGCCACGCCGCUGGGGCUACGCGCUCGCUGGCGGCCUGGUACUCGCUGGCUCGGCUUAUGCCUUGCGCCCGGCGCGCCUCGACGCCGAGGAGCAGAGCCGCCCAGGCAUCCGCGGCGUGCCGACCGGCUCGCUCGUGCGCUCGUACCUCGUCUACGCGCUCUGCGGCAUCCCCGCCCUCAUCGACGCCUCACCCACUAUCCUCCACGCCCUCACCCACAGCCCCGUGCCCGGCCUCAAGGCCGCCACCGAGGCCGUCGUCCGCCGCACCUUCUUCGCGCAGUUCGUCGCGGGCGAAGACGCACCAGAGUGCAUCAGCGUCAUCAACCAGAUGCAGGCCAACGGCGUCGGCGGCGUCCUCAACUACUCGGCCGAGGCCGAGCUCGGCGACGGCAAGGCCGCCGCCCACCGCGAGGCCGAGGCGCACAACCUCGCCGAGGUGAACGCUGCCAUUGAUGCACUUGGCGAGUUUGAGCGCCACCUGGCUGCGACGGGAGGCCACCCUGGCUCGUCGAGCUUUGCUGUCAAAGUUUCCGGUUUGGUCGACCCUACUGUGCUUGAGCGCGCGUCGACUACUCUUGUUCGCACUCGCCCUCUCACGUCCAAGCUUCCCGACGCGACGCUGUCCGACGCCGUGCCGUUUCCUGGCGUGCCUCAGGUGUCCGACGCCCUCGUCAUGGAGCCGAGCGGCAAGGCCAUCCCCGUCGCCGAGGGCGCCGCGCAGCCGCUCGGCCUCCUGUCGUCCGACCAGGGCGUGUCCGAGGCCGACCUCGUCGUGCUCAAGGACCUCUGGAACAAGCUGUACGACAUGAGCGUCCGCGCGCGCGACAACGGCGUCAAGCUCAUGAUUGACGCCGAGCACGCCGAGACCCAGCCGGCGCUCGACGCCCUCUCCCUCCUCCUCUCGCGCGAGUUCAACCGCCCCGUCCCCGGAGAGGAGUUCAAGGGCCCCAUCAUCUUCGGCACGUACCAGUCGUACCUCCGCCGCGCGCCCGCCCUGCUCGCCUCGCAGAUCGCCGACGCCGAGCAGAACGGCUACGCGCUGGGCAUCAAGCUCGUCCGUGGCGCCUACUACCUUGCCGAGCGCAAGAAGUGGAAGGACGAGCACCGCUCUGGCCCUGACCCGAUCUGGCCUGACAAGAAGGCGACCGACAAGGCGUACGACUCGUCGCUCUCCCUCAUCGCCUCGACGCUCGCGCGCCAGCUUUCCUCUUCCCACCCCGAGCUCGCCCUGUCUGUUGUGUUCGCCACGCACAACGCCGAGAGCGUCAAGCUUGCCAUUGACGCCCUCGAGUCCAACGGCCUCGCCCAGCCCGUCCCUGUGCCGGAGGGAGCCGUCGGAGCGCCCCACCUCCACCUCCGCCCCGACGUCCGCGGCAAGGUGUUCGUCGCGCAGCUGUACGGCAUGCGCGACGACCUGACGGACCGUGUGGCGCAGACGUUUGACUCUGGCGCCAUGCCCGUCGCGCUCAAGUACAUUGCGUACGGCAAGCUCGACGAGGUGAUUCCGUUCCUCGGCCGCAGGGCGAUUGAGAACAAGAGCGUCAUGAGCGGCGAGGGUGGUGCCGGUGCCGAACGCGCCAGGGUGUCUGCCGAGCUGUGGCGUCGCUUCACCGGCGGCAACUGAGAGAGAGAAGAAGACAAAGACAGCAUCGACAUCAUUAUAACGUAGAGUGCUACACCAAGCGGGCUAAACAAAGUCUCAAUCGUCAUUAUUGUACCAUCAUUUGCAUGUAUCCAGGUCUCACGGGCG